GUAUAUCAGUCAUUAAUUGUAUUGCGUUAAAUUCAGCCAAUUUGACCACAAGGUGAUGAUGUUAUUCAAUUAAUUAUUUUUAAUUCUCCUUUUUAGCACUAGCAAUCCAUUGUAAAACUCGAUUGUGAUGCCUUAAAUCCAAUUUGACAUCGGAAAUUCCACGGACAUGUUUUGAUUCAUCCGCCAUCUUGGAUAAACCGGGUCAUUUUGGGUCAUGCCAUUAACACAUCAUAUUUUGAUGAUUCUACUUAAAGAGUCUACAGCAUGAUAUAUAUUUUAAAAUAUUUCAAUAGUUCAAAGUAAUUAUGUUUAGCAACAAUGUACUUCAGUAUUCAGUUCGAAACAUUAACGGAUUUAUUUUUAUCGAUACAGUAAAAUGGCCGAGGAGUUCCGAAUGCAUUUUUGUAGUAAUGUAGUGGAACUAUUUCCAUGUAGUAGUCAAUAUUGGCGAAAUGAUUUAUCAAUAUAAAAAUUUGAUUUCAGUACCAAUUGGCAAUAAAUUAUACAUGACCCACUUCUCUCACUAUUCGCCCAGACAUUUUAGAAAAAAACUAUGUAACAGUCACUUUAAAUCAGCUGUGUAUUCAAAACAAUGAUGAGAACUAUUUACUGAGCGCACUGGCGUUCUUUGGCUUGUAGUUUGCUCGGCUGAUGUGCCUACUUUGGACGGGCCCUGAGGGGCACCGUCCAAAAACUAGAACAGGAUAAGAAAAAAGGUUAAAAAUAAUAAUGAAAUCCAAAGGGUGAUGCUUGUCAAAACAGUUAUCAGAAUGAAUAUUAUUGUAUUACGUGACUUACCUUCGGACAUAAUUGAUAAAUAUACCAAAUAAACAUUGUUUACGAAGAUAAGUGGCUAGAUAAAUAUUAAAGGCGAUAAGAUGCGGAGAUAAAGGACAAUUGGAUAACGUCAAUACAUGGGUCAUGCUUUGAAUAUAAACACUAUGCAUGUACCCUUCCAAAAGGAAACAACAAAAGGUAACCAUUAUUAUAGUGGAACAAAGACGAUAAUGCAAGAAUUUAGCAUAGUGGAUAAGGAAAUAUGAUAAAUGGUGAGAUGGGAUCACCUACGACAUUAUUGCAAGCGUACUUACACGGCGAUCAAAGAAACAGAAUACAUGGUUUGCUAAAAUUGUCAGAGCAGACUACAAACGAUAGACGCCAUACCAGAUACGUCAAUUAUAUAAAUGCGUUCCUUCGCAACGUUGGCAAAGAACAGGCUCAUCUGGUCGGAAGUACGGCUGAAGACUUGAAAUUGCGGUGGUCAACAGACGGCGGUGACGCGGACAUUCUUUUAGUUUCAGGGAGACUACAUAUUCCAGUAGAAAAUAUCAUACCGCGCUCAGAUACGCCUAGGUACGUUUGGUUGCGCGGUGAUAACAUUAACGAGCGGUAUCGUGGAAAUUUGGUUGAUGGCAAGUAUCUUUCUGCGCAGCUUUUGCGGACUGUCAAUCCUCAAUUGUUUACAACAUUGCGCGCGAUUUAUACAAUCGUGUCAUCUCCAGCGGACUUUGUUCCAGGAACGGAGAGGAGAGUAACAAGCAUUGGUGUAAACACCAAGGUCGGCUUUGCAAGGAUAGAGAUGCGGAACCUUGUGCUUGACAAUAACGCGUUCCCAAAGAAAGCGAGAGGAAGGCAUGUUGGGGACCGCUGUGCCAAUGUAACAGCACAGUUAAAACUACGUUGGAGAGGCGCGCACGUUUACCAAGAAGAUGUAAAGACAUUAAAGAGAGUUUUGAAGAUGGCAACACUUUUAAAGGUACCAGGAACUAAAGGAGAACAUCAUGGUCAAUUCGACUACUUUGCCACAAUGCUAUCUGAAGCGCUAAGGUUGCAUCCGCCUUUUGAGGACGAUGGAGAUGGUGAGGAAGUUAUCGCCUUUGAAAACGAUUUGGAUAGUGAUGAACAAGAUGUCAGUGAGAGGAUCAGAGCAACUUACGAUAAAAAGAACGGCGAAGAUUUUGUUCCUGCAGCCCGAGUAAGUGGAAAACUUCAGUGCAUGGUUGAUUUUCGAAACAGAAUGACACAUGCUGCAUGGCCAACUCAGUCGACCGCUGAAGAAAUAUUCAACAACGACGUUUUCGUAAUAUGUAGAUCGGCUCCAUUAAAUCCAUCCGCAGACAAAGAUUUUUGCCUUGGUUUCAACCUUUCUGAAAUAACACUUAGCCAGAAUAUGCCAGAAGUCGCUAAGACCGUCUACAUUAUCAUGAAAUCGUACUUGAAAGGUUUAUUCCAAAAGCGGUUCAAUGCUAAGAACCGUGAAGAAGUCAGACUGAAGUCGUACCAUGUGAAGACGGCGAUUUUCUGGACCCUUGAAAAGCAUGGAUCGUGUAGCUUUUGGGCAGGGACCUCUGAUGAUUCCAUUCUAAAGGGCAUUCAGUACGUUUUGGAGAAUAUCAAUAAAUGCUUGAAAGAUCGACAGCUGUGCCACUACUUCGUCACGAACAGCAACAUGUUCGACGGGUUUCAGGAGGAGGAAUAUUCCCUGUGCGAAGCAUGCGUGGACGAGAUCAUGAAAGACCCUGUCGGAAGUAUUGCACACUUUUUUGAUAUGGAUAAAGCAAAAAAGGCAGAAUACUGGUUGUCAGCUGAGGAGUUUGAGCAAGUUAUGGCUUUAAGGAACGAUGGUGGACGAAAGGACUUCGUUGAUCGAUUGGAAGAUGCGUUAAUUGAUAUUCUUAGAGGUUCCAAUGAGGCUCCUAGGAGUCCCGAUGGAUCUUCUCCAAUCAGGAACGCCGCUUUAGGCGUUAUAGAUUUGUUUCGUAAUGAAGAACAAGAGAAAGCCGAGGGUAAACAGUCAAGACGGGAGAGUAAUUGUGAAAGGCAACUUGGACCGGAACAUGUCCUUAGCGGAAACCGUUCUGGGGCUUCGGUGGUUGCUGGGCUGCUUAAUAUGCUACCACACAAAAGGAAAGACGUUCAAAAAUGGACGGAUGGACUUGUUCAGAUCGCAUCGCUUUUUCCUGAAAGUCGCAAGUACAUUGAUAUGGUUGGUGGUAGUAGCGGGGUUCAGAAUGUCUUGCAGGCCGCUUCAAGUUCAGAUCCUUUAGCUGAGAUAAGAGCGGCAAUGGACAGGUACUUGUCCUGUCCGGACGACGUGGUGGACUCUGUUGCUAUGGAACUGAAGCAGAAGAUAAGCGCCUACUUCAUUGGUCGAAAGGAACUGUAGGUAGAUUAACUAUUAACUAGUGACCAAAGGACCACUACUUCCUGUGUUUAUGGCGAGGAUUCGCCUCAUUACCAAACAAUUACAUACAACAUUUAAAUUGUGUACAUGUUUAAAGGAAUUAUUUAUUUAAUCAACGUGUAAUGUUUUAUUAAUGUUUUAACGUUCUAUUUUUAAUCACCAUAGCUUAAUACAGGCCUUUUUAAAGAUAAUCUCGGAUGGAAUGUAUUAGAAGGUUCCGGGAGUUUAUCUUAACAAGUUUCAAUAACCUUAUAUAUUAUAUUGUAAAUGCUGCUUAAACCAUAACAGUCUGUAUUUCGCUAUGAAAGGUCAAUAAAGAACAGAGCGAU